CCCACACAAUCCUGUCCUUUCCCCUGAUAUCUCUGGGUCUCUCACCUUCCCGUCUGCUUAUCAACAGUUGACCAUGUUAAUCCUUAUCUACCCUACACCUGCACACACAUGUGUUUAGAGUGGAUAGUCUUUGGCCUCUACCGCCUCAUUUCAAAUCAGUGUUGAUCAGUCGGAAAACAUCUUGGAUACAGUGACUUCUGGCCAGUACUCUGUGUUCUUCUAUGCCCGAAAAUAAAAAGUAUGAUGAAAGCAGUCUUCCAAUGUUUGCUGAGCCGGGGGAAGCAUAAACCAAAUCCAGAGCGCUAGGAUUUUUUAAGGAAAGGUUUUGCGCUCGCUUCUCUGCGGACUUGCCUCACGCCAAGGCCAGAGACAAGCACUGAGAGCCACACAAGAGAGAUUCCCCCCGCCCCGAUGUCACUGUCUUCUGGCCCAAGCCGAAAAAUGCACGGCAGCUGAGGGAGGAUUUCUCCAGCCACAAGCAAGAUGACAACAUCACAGGUGGAGCUGGAAGGCUGGCCAGCCGCGGCCUCCCCGCUCUCCUACCGCAGGAACGGUGAACGAAACAAUCCUCUCGGGCUCCCGGCGUCAGAGGUCCCCACGCCACAGCCCUACGCGCCCAGGUCCUCCGAAGUUGGGGCACCGCCCACGUCUCCCCCGUGACGCGGACGCGGGGGCUCGGGAGUUGUAGUCUCGGGCGGGGCGCGGGCGCAGGGGCCGGGGCUGCGCGGACUCCACGUCCCGGCGGGCGACGCGGCGCGGCCAGGGGCCGCCAGGGGCGGGGCCGCUCGGCCCUUUAAACCUUUCAGGGCUGCUCCGAGGGCCGCAGCCAGAGACCGCGCCACGAGGGGGCCAAGCAAGGUGCGGCUGCAGCGGGGCGCUCCGGGGAGUCACCAGACCCUGGACCUUGAUCUCUCUUCCCCACCAGGCCAGGGCAGCUGAUGGUUGUGGCGGAAAUAUCUCAAGGUAGCUGGGCCCACCCCCUCUUCCCCACCUACCUGUUGUCCUCCCCCCCACACCACCACCCUGGCUCCCCUCCCUCAUGACCGCCUGGAUCCUCCUUCCUGUCAGCCUGUCAGCAUUCUCCAUCACUGGCAUAUGGACUGUGUAUGCCAUGGCCGUGAUGAACCGCCACGUGUGUCCCGUGGAGAACUGGUCCUAUAAUGAGUCCUGUUCUCCUGACCCUGCUGAACAAGGGGGCCCAAAGACCUGCUGCACCCUGGAUGAUGUCCCCCUCAUUAGCAAGUGCGGGACGUAUCCCCCUGAGAGCUGCCUCUUCAGCCUCAUUGGCAACGUGGGUGCUUUAAUGGUGGCCUUGAUCUGCAUCCUUCGGUACGGGCAGCUCCUGGAGCAGAGCCGGCACUCCUGGGUUAACACCACGGCACUCAUCACAGGCUGCACUAAUGCAGCAGGCCUCGUAGUGGUCGGCAACUUUCAGGUGGAUCAUGCCAAGUCUCUGCACUACAUUGGCGCUGGUGUGGCCUUCCCUGCGGGGCUGCUCUUUGUCUGCCUGCACUGUGCUCUCUCCUACCAUGGAGCCACUGCCCCACUGGACCUGGCUAUGGCCUACCUGCGAAGUGUGCUGGCUGUCAUCGCCUUCAUCACUCUGGUCCUUAGCGGUGUCUUCUUUGUCCAUGAGAGUUCUCAGCUACAGCAUGGGGCAGCCCUGUGUGAGUGGGUGUUCGUCAUCGACAUCCUCAUUUUCUAUGGUACCUUCAGUUAUGAAUUUGGGGCGAUCUCCUCAGACACACUGGUGGCUGCACUGCAGCCUGCCUCUGGCCGGGCAUGCAAGUCCUCCGGGAGUAGCAGCACCUCCACACACCUCAACUGUGCCCCUGAGAGCAUCGCCAUGAUCUGAGGUCUGGAGGGUGGCUGGCCCGGCCUCCGCAGCACCCCACACCUUAUCUUCUUUGCAUUUAUUUUGUACCAAAAACAAUUUUUAGAAAGUAUUCUGUUGGGAUCUGGGCUUCCUCACUCCUAGAGAAGUGGCCAUCCCACAUCCACCUGUGCCAUACAGGAGCAGGCCCUGCCAGCUGCCUCAGCUCCAAGUCCUGCUCCCCUGCACCACAGUAUUGUUUUGUGUUUAAAGGUCACCUGCCCUCACUCACCCAGCCAGCCCUUCAGGUGCCUUCUACUCCCAGUGCCAGAGCCAGAACACUGGGGUUUCCUGCUGCAGGAAUUGGGGCUGGGAACAGCAAGGGGGAUACAAGUCUGGGUGGGGGGGGAGGCAUGCCUUAGCCUAGGGGAAGACCCACUGAGCUGCACUGGGAUUCUUCACUCUGCCCCUCACUUCCUUUAGGGCAAAUAAUACAGCAGAACCACGUGGGUAUUUUAGUACUUUUUUUAUAUCUAUUAAAAGAAUUCUAAUUUGCAUGUUUGUAGUCUAUUCUGGAGAGUCAGAGAGGGUCUAAUCCAAGACCACUUUAAAAGCAAGGGAUGGGAGGAAGCCCCUGCCUCCAGAAGAACUGAGUGUUCACUGCUCUUCAAGAGCAAGUUUGCCAGGAACAAAGGAUGCCAGGUACCAUCCAAUUAUUCCACAAGGGCUUGAAUCUUUUCUGGGCCUAAGCAGUAAAGAACUGACCUGGCCUGAUAGUCUCACUUCCUUUCCCUACUCAAGAGUCUGGUUGACUCCAGUAACUCACGCCUGUAAUCCUACCUACUCAAGAGGCAGAAAAAAAAAAAAA